AUGAAAUAUGCAAUCAUAUCACAUAUUAUCGAUUUUGUAACGUACUUGAACAAUGAGUUCAAUAUAGAGAUCGAUUUAAAACAUUGUGGGAAUUUCAAUAAUCUUGAAUCAUUUCUUGUUUAUUUUGAUCAAACUAAUGAUCUUCACAAGUGUUUUGUUUAUUCAGCAAUGUUUAAUAUUCUUUGCGAAUAUUUCCUUUCACUUGGUGCAAAUGUCAAUGAAAAGAAUGAUAGUGGACAAACUGCUUUUCAUAUUUCAGCGCUUAUUAAUAGUAUUAAAAUUACUGAACUUUUUAUUUCACAUGGUGCAAAUAUCAAUGAUAAAGAUAAUGAUGGACAAACUGCUCUUCAUUAUGCAGCACAACAUAAUAGUAGAGAAACUGCUGAAUUUCUUAUUUCACAUGGCGCAAAUAUCAAUGAAAAGGAUAAUCAAGGGAACACAGCUCCUCAUCUGGUAGCACACAAUAAUAGUCAAGAAAAACUGAGUUUCUUCUCACAUAUGGAUCAAAUUUCAGGAAUAUAG